AUGGCGGCGGACAAGGAGGCCUUCCUCGUGCCGCCGCCGCCGCCGCCGCUCCUCAGGGCCGCGGGCCGCGGCGGCGGCGGGGACGACGACGGCGUGGCCGAGCUGCAGCGGCCCCGCAACGGCUUCCAGCGGCCCCCCGGCGGGGGCAAGCGGCGCAACAGCUUCAACGUCGCGGGCGGCGGCGGCUUCAAGCACCCCGCCUUCAAGCGCCGGCGCCGGAUCAACUCGGAGUGCGACCCGGUGCUGCCCUCCGAGUUCCUGCUCGGGGGCAACAUCUUCGACCCCCUGAACCUCAACAGCCUGAUGGACGAUGAGGUCAACCAGGCCCUCAAUGCCGAGACCCCCAAGUCCUCACCGCUGCCCGCGAAGGGCCGCGACCCCGUGGAGAUCCUCAUCCCGAAGGACAUCACCGACCCCCUGAGCCUCAACAAUGCACAGGAGGACCCACCGGUGUUGGCCUCCCCGGCCAAAGUGGGGCGCAAGCGGCACCGCCACCGAGGGGCGCAGCGCGGGGUGAGCAGCGGGGAGGGCAGCGGCAAGCCUGGCCCCUCCUCUUCCUCCACCUGCUCCUCCUCGUCCUCGUGCAAGUCCUGCCAGAAGACCUGCAAUGGGGCCGCCCCGCAGCCCUACGAACUCAACACGGCCAUCAACUGCAGGGACGAGGUUGUGCCUCCCCUGCUCCCCGCGGCCGACGGGGAGCCACAGCAAAGCCAGCAGGCCUCCGGGGGCACCACCCCGGCUGGCUCGUCUGCCAGCCUUCCUGCGGGAACAGGGAGCCGCCACCACCACCGCAAGCGGCGCAGGACUUGUAGCAAAUCGGAGGGGGCGGGGGCCAGGCACCCGGGAGGCUCCGCGUCGGGCCCGCAGCCCGCCAGAGCCAGCCCGGACAGGGGCCGCGGCGCGGCGCGCAGCCGUCACCCCCCGGCGGCCUCCGCGCAGCCCCAGCCCCGGCGGCAGGCGCAGCGCAAGUUCCAGUACGGCAACUACUGCAAGUACUACGGCUACCGCAACCCCACUUGCGAGGAUCCCCGGCUGCGGGUGAUGAAGCCCGAGUGGUUCCAGGGCAAGGAGGUGCUCGACGUGGGCUGCAACGUGGGGCACCUCACCUUGAGCGUGGCCAAGAAGUGGGGCCCCGCCAGGAUGGUGGGGGUGGACAUUGACGGGGGCCUCAUCCACUCCGCCCGCCAGAACAUCCGGCACUACCUUUCGGAGGAGCUGCAGGAGCAGCAGCCGCCGCCACCUAAGGGCAGUGCGGAGGAGGGGGCCCGGCCUGCCCGGAAGACCUUCCCCGCCUCCCUCAUGGCCAGCAGGGGACCCAUCGCUGCCCCUCGAGUGCCCCAGGAGGGGGUGGACGCCACCGUCUUCCCCAACAACGUGAUCUUUGUCAAGGGCAACUACGUGCUGGAGCGCGACGAGCUGCUGGAGGCGCAGAAGCCGGAGUACGACGUCAUCCUCUGCCUCAGCCUCACCAAGUGGGUGCACCUCAACUGGGGCGACGAGGGGCUGAAGCGCCUCUUCAAGCGCGUGUACCGCCACCUGCGGCCUGGCGGCAUCCUGGUCCUCGAGCCCCAGGCCUGGUCCUCGUACAAGAAGAGGAAGAACCUGACGGAGACGAUAUGCAGACAUUACCACCAGAUCAAGCUGAAACCUGACCAGUUUCCCUCUUACCUGACUUCGCCUGAAGUUGGUUUCUCCAGCCACGAACUGGUGGCCAUGCCCCGGAACACGGCAAAAGGCUUCCAGCGCCCCAUCUAUCUCUUCCACAAGGGCUGCCCGGGCACACGCUGAGGACUCCCUGGCUUGCCGCCAGCGGUCCCAUGGCGCCCGCCUCCUUCCUGGAUCAGCCACCAUCGCUUGCUGGGGAGGUGGGCCGGCGGGCCACCCCCGUGGACCCUUUCCCAGGUGGGACAGAGCAAGCCGGAAGUGGCCCUGCGGCUGCCUGGGCUGGACUCGAGCAUACCUUCGAUUAUCCCCGGACGGCAAAGGCCGGCAGCUGGAGUGGGACCUGCGCUGCAGGGGAGGCGGCGGGCUGUGGGGCCUUUUGGUCCCGAGGUGCCUCCCUCCCGAAUUCCCGGUGGAUGCAAGCGCCGGUUGCAAGCGCUUUGCUGCCCCUGCCUCAGGCGGGCAGGGAGCGAAGAUCGCGGCCUGCUCCCCCGCCCCAGGAGGAAGGGGAUGGGGAGAGGACUGCUCCCCCGCGGCCACUCUGGACUGGGCCUCCUUGCCCCGGCCGGCCGGCCGGCCCCUGCCGCUUGCUUCCUCCCUCCCACCCCAUUCCUGCCGGGAAGGAGACUCCCCAAGGAAGUGUCCCCUGGUUCUUUUUCUGCCUCCUGCGUUUCCCUCCACUGCCUGAGCCGGGGGGGGCACAGGUGGCAGGUGGGUCGUGUGCGCAACUCCAGUGCGGGGGCCGCCUGCCCGCAGCACGCCCGACCGGGCCCCCUUCGCUGUUCCCUGGGCGCGGCGUGUCGGUGCCUCCCCGGGGGCAGCCCGGUGGCUCGACUGGACAGACUUCUGCUGCGGCUCCAGCCUCUGCGCCCCUGCCGGGGGGCCCGCGUGACCCGCUUUCCCCACGGAUGGUUUGCGCCCACCGGCCUGCCCUUGCACCACGGAAGGGGCUGGCCCCAGAGGCAGGAGGCGCCCGUGGGGCCGGGGCCGCCUCCAUGCCACUUGGGUGCCUGCUCGGGAGGGAGGGCGAGGGGGUGCUGCCGGCCCCCGAGCAGCUUCCUGCUGCUCCUGGAGGGGCUGCUGGAGGCCCCUGAGGUGGGGCGAGUCCAUCUCCCCAGCCCCCUUUUGUGGGGACAUCCGGGAGGGAGCCGCUGUCCGGCCGAGACGCCCCUUUGCGGAAACACGCACCUCUCGGGGGCACAGAGGCAGCGCCUGCCCCAGCAGCCGGGAGCCCCGUUCCCACAGGAGUUUUAUCUUCAGAACACGUUGAUUCUAUAUACAAAUAAAGCCUACAGAUUAUUACCA